AUGGCUUCCUCUAACCCCACUAACCCCUCUGUCGACGAUGAGCUUCGUCUUGAGGGUGAGCCUUCUCCUGAGCUCCAUGAGGGACGUAUCUGGGUCGAUGGCUGCUUUGACUUUUUCCACCACGGUCACGCUGGUGCUAUUGUCCAGGCCCGUCAAUUAGGCGAUGAGCUCUACGCUGGUGUUCACUCUGAUGAAGCCAUCCUCGCCAACAAGGGUCCUACGGUCAUGACCCUCGCAGAACGACUUGCUGCUACUGACGCCUGUCGCUGGGUCACCCGUUCAGUCGGCCAUGCGCCAUACGUCACAUCCCUCCCCUACAUCACCCACUACGGCUGCAAAUACGUCGUUCACGGCGACGACAUCACCUCGGACAGCGAUGGUAACGACUGCUACCGAUUCGUCAAGGAGGCCGGCCGAUUCAAGGUGGUUAAGCGCUCACCUGGCAUUUCCACCACCGACCUCGUCGGUCGCAUGCUGCUGUGCACAAAGACUCACUUUAUCAAGUCGCUCGAGAAGAAGCUCGCCGGCGACGAGGGUCACGGAACUCCCGAUGAGCGCGUCGCUGAGGGACAGGCGAUGCUGGAACGCAUGAAGCUCUACGCUACCGAUGCCUCGGGCAAGGCACCCGGCGCCGAGGUGCAUUUCUGGACUGCGUCUCAAGAAGCCAAAUCCGAAGACGCCGAGGACGAAAGGGGUAGCUUCCGACAGCUUAUCGAGGGACCCGGUCCCAAGCCUGGACAGCGCGUCGUGUACGUUGACGGAGGUUAUGAUCUGUUCUCCAGCGGCCACAUCGAGUUCCUGCGCCAGGUCCUUCUCGAGGAAGAUGAAGUCGCGCGCAAAGAUGGCUGGUUUUCCGAGCAAGCCGUGAACGAGCGAAAGGGCAAGGGAGAGGACUACGGCCCGGCCUACGUCGUAGUCGGUGUUCACGAGGACGAGGUGAUCAACCAGUGGAAGGGAAUCAACUACCCCAUCAUGAACAUCUUCGAGCGCGGUCUCUGCGUUCUGCAAUGCAAGUACAUCAACGCCGUUGUAUUUGGCGCGCCCUUCGCACCUACAAGGACAUACCUCACAACGCUGCCGCGCGGAACCCCAGACGCCGUGUACCACGGCCCAACUGCUUUCAUGCCCCUGACAUACGACCCGUACACAGCACCCAAGGCAAUGGGCAUCCACCGUAUGAUCGGCGCGCAUACAUUCGCGCACGUCAACGCUGGCGAGAUCGUGCAGCGCAUCAUGAAGAGCCGCGACAUGUACGAGGCGCGUCAGCGCGCAAAGGGCAUGAAGGCCGGUGUUGAGGCAGCGGCCCGCGAGCGCGAGAUUCUCGAGGAGGAGCAGGCACGGAAGGAGGCUGAGAGGGCAUGA